AGUGACUCACUGACGUUUGACCCGUUCCAUUGUUUUUCACGAAGGAGACAGAAAUAAUAGAGCUACUACACGUCGUACAACAAAACACACAAACCCAAAAAGAAGCCAGUAGCACACACCUCUCUCUCUCUUCCCUUCAACAAUGAGAACCCAUCAACAACCAAAACUCAAAACCCAACUAUUCUCAUGCGCCUUCUUCCGCCACUGCGCCCAAACCCUCCUCAGCCCCACCGCCACCACCCCUCCUCCCUUCCAAUGCGAAUCCUCCACCUCCUCCUCCUCCGCCACUUCCCAAAGCUUCACCCAGUGGAGAUUCUCUCCUCCAACCCCCAACACCACCACCAAUAACAAUAACAACAACCUCAUCCAAACAAACACUAAUCCUCCUUCUCCACCUCCACCACCUCAAAUCCACAACCUCCAAGAACUCUUCCACAUUUCAGAAUUCCAACUAUCAACCGACCCCACCUCAGCCCUCAACCUUCUAGAACGUUCUCUUGUCCCCAAUCCUCCCCAAGAGCAACCGCCGUGCCCUCCCAACCUCAUGCGCGCCCUCACCGCCAACCUCGCCCAGGCCAAGCCCGCCACCAAGAUCCUCUUCGCCCUCUGCCUCUCCGACGCCAACCGCCGCGUCGCCGUCGAGGCCGGCGCCGUCUCCGCCGUCGUGGAGGCCGCCCCCGACCUCGACGGCGCCCCCGCCGAGCGCGCCCUCGCUGCCCUCGAGCUCAUGUGCACGCUCCCCGAAGGCGCCGAGGAGCUCCGCGCCCACGCCCUCGCCGUCCCCGUCAUGGUCACCAUGAUGGCCAAGACCGCCGCAAGGGGCAAGGAGUACGCCAUCGGAGCCCUCGCCGUCGUCUACGGCGCCGCCGGCGCCGAGAACCACUACACCGCGCCUCCCGAAGAGGUGGCGCGUGCGGUGGAACUCGCCCUGCAGGGCGAGUGCAGCGCCAGGGGGAGGAGGAAAGGGACGCAGCUGCUGAAGACGCUGCAACAACUCUCUCAGGCUGAGAUUGAAGCUUCUGAGACUCACGCUCACGACGGCAAUUGAAGAUUUUAAAUUGCAGCCACAGUUCUUUGUGUUUUUUAAUAUCACGAGAAAUAAUAGAUAAAAUGUAACGUUUUUUUGCCAUAAUUGCAGUUGCAUUACCUCUGAUCGGAAUUGGGAACUACUGUUGUUUAAAACCUUUGUAAAACAAAGUAACACUGUUCUUUUCUCAAAUUUUUUGGACUGUACAGUAAUUUGAAUUAUUCUUGUUAUGCU